GAGCUAUUGUGGUAAUGGAGAGGGGGUGGGGGGAGAUGAGGAGUCUGAGGGAUGUGUGGCAAUGAUCAGCUGUUGUUUGUUAUGGCUGGUGGUGAGUCAGGUGAGGGUGGCUGCUGCUCCUGACGGUGCUAACAUCUCCCAGAUGUGCCCAAUACACAAGAUGCAGAGAUGACACACGUGAGGAUAGAUAUAAGGUCAUCUGUUGCAGACAUGGCAUAUAACCGUUUAGGAGAAGAUGGAGAGAAGGGGGAGGAGGAGAGACCUGUCAAUCAUCACAGCGUUAUCCAUCCAGGGACAGAGGAGCAGCUAACUCUCUAUGGGUACCAGUACUCGUGCUGUAAAGCAGGUUGCUUCUAUGCACUCACUCUGGUCACCCUUGGGAUUUUUUAUCUAAUAUCCUACUGGAAGCCAGAAUGGCGCGUUUACUGGUUUAGCAGAGCAUGUUCUUUAUCAGAUGCUGAUACACUAGUCAUAAAGGAUGCUGAUGGCCAAAUUCAUGUAGUAAUAGUUGAGGCAGAAGCAGUGGAGGCUGACUUUUCCUCCCAGUAUGUGGUAGCCUCGCAUUGUGUGAAUGGUGCUAUUAAUGGCAGUCCUUAUGGAGCGUCAGAUUCCACUUGCCUCACUCAGCCACUUCAUAGAGUUUUGUUUUACUUUUGUUACAUUUACAUUAAGUAUGUUUGGGUUCCGGAGAAGAGGUUAUUUACUCGCCUCUAUGGUUAUGAUGUGAAUACUCCAAUCAGUUCUCUACUUAAUGACUUCAGGGGUUUUACCGUCCAAGAGCAAAUGAACAGACAAAAGCUGUAUGGCCUCAAUGUGAUAAGUGUGGAGGUCAAGUCCUAUGGUUAUCUUUUGGUAACAGAAAUAUUGAAUCCAUUUUAUGUCUUUCAAAUUGCAUCUAUAACUCUGUGGUCCUUUGACAACUACUACCUCUAUGCCACGUGCAUCUUCCUCGUGUCCUGCCUCUCCGUCUUCCUCUCGCUCCUUGAAACACGCAAGCAAAGUCAGUCUCUGCAUGAUAUGGUGGAGGCAUCAAACACCAAUACUGCGUCAGUACUGCGAGCAACACCAGAAGGAACAACAGUUGAAGCGGACAUAAGCACAACAGAACUGGUCCCGGGUGAUGUUGUGGUUAUUCCUUCCGCUGGGUGCACCAUGCCUUGUGAUGCCGUCCUCAUAUCUGGCAAUGCCAUUGUUAAUGAGAGCAUGCUUACAGGUGAGAGCGUUCCAGUCACCAAAAUCCCAGUUACAGUGUCGGAAGAGACUGAGAUUUAUUCAGCCGAGAGGCAUAAACGGCAUACACUCUUCUGUGGGACAUCGGUAAUCCAGACCAGAUACUAUGGCAGUGCUCAGGUUCUGGCAGUUGUUGUGCGGACAGGGUUUAGCACGGCAAAGGGGGAGCUGGUGCGAUCUAUACUCUACCCAAGGCCUUUGGAUUUCAAGUUUUAUAAAGAUGCAGUGAAAUUUAUUAUCUUCUUGUUUUGCAUAGCAUCUGUUGGCAUGGGUUAUUCAGUGUACAUCUACAUUUUACAUAAGGAAGGGGUUAUCAAAACUGUUGUGAGAACGCUAGACAUUGUGACCAUUGUCGUGCCACCGGCACUUCCUGCAGCUAUGACAGUUGGCACUUAUUAUGCCCAAAGCAGACUUAAAAAGCAAGGAAUAUUUUGCAUUUCUCCACCAAGAAUAAAUGUCUCUGGCAAAACCAAACUUGUUUGUUUUGAUAAGACAGGCACAUUAACUGAGGAUGGGCUAGAGGUGUGGGGUGUGGUAGAGGUGGAGAACAACACUAUGGGGACACCAGUGAUGAACGUGUCCAGCAUUCACCACACGUCACGUCUGGUUACUGCCAUGGCUACCUGUCACUCACUCACGUAUCUUAAUGGACAAUUAACUGGAGAUCCCUUAGAUGUUAAGAUGUUUGAGGCUACAAAAUGGGACUUGGAGGAGCCGGUCGAAGAUGACACCCAACGAUUUGAUAACCUCAUUCCUACUCUUGUGCACCCCCCACCUUCAGCUUUCCCAACUUCUUCUGGAGCUUCCCUUCCUUUACCACCACCAAGCACCAGCACUUCCCCGCCUGACCCCAGCACUGCCGUCACCAUGCACGCUCAUCCAGUGGGCAUUGCCGUCUCCAUGCACUCUCAUGCAGUUGACACUAUAGUCCCCACACAAUCUCAUCCGGCUGACACUGCUGCCUCUGUGCACUCUCGUGCAGCUGGGAGUCGUGUUGCCGUAUAUACUCUCCCCGAUGGUGAUGUUGGCAAUAUUUGUGAUGGUAGUAUUGUUCACCAACAAGAUGUCAGCUUAAUCCAGCAGAGUUUGGAGGAGCCCUUAUAUGGCAGCACUAACUACGACCAAGUGUCUCCCUCUGUGGUCAAGCCAAGCAAUCGGGAAAUGUAUGUUGAUCCACCGGACAUCACAAACAUUGUUGAGACUCCGUUCCAGGUGCCUUAUGAGAUCGGCAUUGUACGGCAGUUUCCAUUCAGCAGCAGCUCUCAACGCAUGUCGGUGAUGGUGCGCACUCUUGGACAACACUACAUGGAUCUUUAUGUCAAAGGGGCUCCAGAGGUGGUGCAGAGUCUGUGCUUACCUGAAUCAAUACCAGAUGAUUUAGGACCAAUCCUAACCCAGUUCACAUUGCAAGGCUUCCGCGUCAUAGCUCUUGCCUACCGUCCGCUGCAGAUGAAGCUGUCGUGGCAUGCUGCCCAGAGAAUUUCUAGAGAUCAAGUGGAAUGUGAUCUGACAUUUGUUGGUCUGCUAAUACUCCAAAACAUGUUAAAGCCAGAGACUUCUGUUGUCAUACGUCAGCUGCAGCGUGCCAAUAUAAGAACAGUUAUGGUCACAGGAGACAACAUUCUGACAGCCAUAAGUGUAGCACGUGACUGUGGCAUGGUGGGCGUUACUGAUCGGGUCCUUGUAGCCAAAGUUAUGCCUCCAGUUUCUGACCUUCCAGCCUCGCUUAUCUUUGAGCCAGCUGACACAUCUGAUAUUAUUGUUGAAUCCUCUAGACAGGGGACUGGCGUGUGUAUCACUGUCAAUACCUUAAAUCCAAAGUACCAUUUGGCUGUGAGUGGCAAGGCGUGGGCUUCAAUAUGCCAGUACUUCCCAGACUUAGUACCAAGAAUUAUUGCACGUGGAACGGUGUUUGCUCGGAUGUCACCUGACCAAAAAGCACACCUUGUUCAGGAAUUACAAGCCAUUGAUUACAUAGUGGCUAUGUGCGGAGAUGGUGCAAAUGACUGCGGGGCACUGAAAGCAGCACAUGUAGGCAUUUCAUUGUCUGAGGCCGAGGCCAGUGUUGCCGCCCCCUUCACCUCCAGGACCAAUAACAUUGAGUGUGUGCCUCAGGUUGUGUGUGAAGGUCGAUGCGCUCUCACCACCAACUUCUCUGUCUUCAAGUACAUGGCUCUCUACAGCAUUAUCCAGUUUAUCUCAGUGCUAAUACUUUAUUCAGCCUAUACUAAUCUCUCUGACCCCCAGUUCCUCUACAUUGAUCUUUUUAUUGUAACUACUGUUGCCAUCUUCAUGGGCUACACGGGGCCUAGCCGUGAGCUUGUGGCAGAAAAACCACUUGGUAACCUGCUCGGACCCGUCAACUUGUUUUCCGUCAUGUCACAGAUCUUCCUUGUCAUCUUUUUCCAAGUCAUCGCUUAUUUUUAUCUUUUGCAACAACCCUGGUUCGAGGCCAACAAACCAAGUGGUGAUACAAAUCCUGACAAUGUGGUAAGCUGGGAAACUACCACUAUUUUCUACAUCUCAAGCUUCCAGUAUCUGACCCUCUGUGUGGCGUACUCCCCAGGACGGCCUUUCAGGAAACCACUCUUUACUAAUGUGUGGCUUACUGCGUCGCUGUUGACACUAACGGCAACGUCCAUGUUGAUGCUGCUGUGGCCAUUGCCUUGGCUCAUGCAUCUCAUGAAAAUAAAGUAUGAUCCUGACAGCUACUUCAUGUUCAGGAUUGGUCUUCUUCUCAUUGCCACUACACACUUUGUCAUUUCAAUGAGCACAGAGUACUUCUUUGCAAGCAGCCGCACACUGAAGAAAUUUUUCCAGUGGAUUACCUGCAAGCGUCAGCCAAAGAACCGAUACAAAAUCGUGCUGCGAGAUAUGGAUGAAGACGUCAGCUGGCCACCAGUUGAAACUCCAAUCAAUGGUUGUCACGGAACGUGAUAAUUAUAACGUUCAUGUCUUUAUCUAUGUAAAUUUUAUCAGUAAGCUAAUUAAAGAUAUAUUUUUGUGAUCACUGGUUGUAGUUUAUCUUGCUACCAUAAAUUUUAAUUUAAAUAUUUGUGCUGUACUGUAUGUGCAAAUUCUAAAGUUUUAUAAGUUAGUUGACAACAGGAAAAAGCACAUUUAAUGUAUAGAGGAUUUUUUUUUAACCGAUAUGAAAAUAGCUAUACAAUACAUACUGUAAUUUAAUUAUAAACAUUCGUCAAUAUAUAAUACAAUCACAAAUGAUUGUUAAUGUUAUGUGCAUGAUGGACACAGUACCUGAUGCAUUUUUAAUGUACCAAUUAAAAUAUACAAUUCCUUUUACAAUUUAACUAUCAUAGUAUUUCUACUGUGUAUGUGUAUAUUAUAAAUAUAAAAUUUAUUUUAUAUUUCUGAAUAAAAUCAAACACAUUUAUUGUA